AUGCGACUGCUGGUUGCAUGGGUGACGUUCUACUACAGCAUCUUCCUAGACGCCGUCGCCAAGUCUGUAGGAGCAUUGCUGGAGGCGAACGUCUUCACGGAGGAGGAAUCUUCGGCCUCAAGCUCGCGUGGCUCCAACCGAACAGCCGAGCAGAAAAGGAGGGCAUGGCUACGCCGGAGGAGAUACAACCUGCUGCUAGAGGACCUGGAGGGCAUGGGGGAGGACGAAUUCAGGGACCUGUUCCGCAUUAACCGCGCCAUACUCGAUUACAUUGUCGCCGGGAUGGCGCACUACAUGCAGCCGUACGUUGACAGAUAUCUCAUCACUCAUGAGAUUGCAUGCCUCGUCGCUAUCAAAUACCUGGCCACGGGCAUGUCAUUCGUGGACUUGUCGUCCGUCUUCGGCCUCUCCAAGACGCUUUGCCACAUGCUGGUCGACGCCUUGCUCAUGCACUUCCCCUCCGUCUUCAAGCAGCAGUGGGUCCAUUUCCCCACCCGUGACGACCUCGACGAGAUGGCGGAGGAGUUCCGCGCCAUCAAGGGGGUAUCUGCUGUUGUGGGGGCUAUUGACGGCACGCACGUACACAUGAAGGGGAUGGAGGGUCAUAGACAAGAGUACUACACGCGCAAGUCAUGCUAUGCCGUCCAGCUGCAGAUCACAUGCGACGCACGGGGAAUCAUCUGGGAUUACUUGGUUGGUUACCCGGGCAGUGCACACGAUCAGAGGGUGUUUAUGAACAGCGCGUUACACGAGAGGUUGCACAACGGCGACAUAGCGCCAUACCAAAUUGUCGGUGAUGCAGCCUACCCACUCAGGGAUUUCUGCCUGACCCCCCUACAUGCACCCCGGGAAGGCCUAAUGGAGGACUAG